GGCGAGGCUGGCGAAGCAGUGUCUCUUGUUAUUCAUAGUGCUAGAACAUAAACUACAUUUGUGAUAUCGGAUUUUGGGAAUUAACGCGAACGUCUACGAGCGCCAGCGACCAACGCAGCAGUGCACAGCGACUCACUCAGCGAGAUGGCCGAUCCGAAGUAUGCUGGCCUGCCGGGCAUUGCCGUCGGCGAACCCGACGUCUAUGAGACGGGCGACCUUCCAGAGGACGACCAGCACCGGCAAGCGGCCGGCGCCGCCGACGACAGCAGCGAGAGCGUCGAGAGGAUCGACAUCAAGGCCGGCGACGCCUUCAGCAAGUUCAAGGGCAAGAGCGUUGACGGCGCCGGGGUCGACUUCUCGGAGACGGCGGCCGCCGCGCGGCCCAACCGCGGCUACUACGCCGACAAGGCCGAGUACGAGCUGUCGGGCGGCGAGCUGCGGCGCGAGCGCGAGACACCCGCGCAGAAGCACCAGCGGCUGCAGCUGGAGAUGCGCGAGCUCGCCGACGAAGUACGGCAGGCGGAGGAGGCGGUGCGCGGCGACGGCGGCGACAAGUCGAGUCCCGUGCUCGUCGCCAAGCAGGUGGAGUACCUGCAGCGGCAGCUAGCCGACCUGCAGCUCGAGACCGUGCUCGGCUCGCAGGCCGUCGUCGACAGCUCCGACCCGCAGGGGGCGCUGCAGCGCAAGCUCAUCAGCCAGAUCGAGGCGUUCAAGGCGGCGACAACGAAGACGGCGGCGGCCGCGGCGGCGCCCCCUAGCGAGGACCACAUCAUCUACGAGCUGUACUAUAAGCCGGAGCAGGCGCGCUUCAGCCAGGCGGCGAAGGUGGCUGACCUCGAGGCGCGUCUCGAGCGUCUCGAGGCAUCGAUCGGCGGUGCGCCGGACACGCUGUCGGCGCUCUGCCAGGAGGCGGAGGGCCGCAGCCUCGUCGAGGUGUCGCGCGUGCUCGCGGGCAAGCUGGCGCUGCUCGAGCCGGCCAACCUCGACCAGGUUGAGGGCCGGCUGCAGGCGAUGAACCAGAAGCUGAAGCAGAUCGCCGACAAGCGGUCGGUCGUCGAGGACGCGGACGCGGUGAACCGCGUUGCCGCGCUCUACGAGCUGAUGAUGCGCUGGGAGCAGACGACCGCGUGCCUGCCGGCCGUCGUCGAGCGCAUGUCUGCGCUCAAGGACCUGCACGAGCAGGCGCUGCAGUUCAGCCAGGCGCUCAGCUACCUGGACAGCGUGCAGCAGCAGCUCGCGUCGAGCCUGCACGCGAACGAGGCGCAGCUGAAGACGGUCAGCGGCACGUUCAGUGACAACAUGGCCGCGAUCAGAUCCAACUGCGAGAGCCUGGACUCGCGCCUGAAGGUGCUGAACAAGUGAACGUGUCGGACUGGAGAGAUGCGCAUAUGAUACGCAGCUGCAUUGCUUGCCGCUAAUGUAAUGCAUGGAUUUUUUGCGAUGUAGCGCAGGUUAAUACUAUAAAUGAUUUCGUCACUUUCGGGCUGGGAUUGGUUGUUCCUGUAAUCUCUCAUGUGCUGCCCAUAACCUGACAUGGUCACCAUGCACGCAUGUAUCUAGGCAUUGAUGCACAUGUCUUUAUAUAAUAUAUAGAUGAAUUAUAUAAAAUGCUACAUCUAAAUACUUCACCCCCUUCGUACUGCUGAUUUGCAGGGGAAUCAUUAUUGUAUGUUUUUCAUCAUGAUCAUUUUUGCACAUGUCCAGGUAAAAUAUAUUAUACACAUUCUAUCUUUAUUUAUUAAGUUCAAAGUGUUCAAGUUUGUUAUGUAAACUUUUGGUGGCUAAACUUCUGUGUCCUACCAAUUGUGUGUUUAAUUUGAACAAACAUUUGACAUCUAUGUAGCUUUGCUUUAUAUGUGCGGUGCCAAGAGGUAUACAUGUGUUAAAAAACUGCAGUACAAUGUAUGUGAAGAAUAGUGCAGUACAAUUUCUGAACGUGGGAUUGAGACAUCUGAAAGGGAUAAAAAUUUAACAUUUGAAGAGCAGAUAUAUAUUAACUUGUCGUGUGCUUUACACUUGAUCGUUGAUGGACUGGUACACCAAGCAUAGCUUGAUUCCUUGCAUCUGCAGGUGCUAAUUAAUGUUUAAACUAAAUUCUUACAAGGCAGGUCGGGUAGUCCUGACCUGUCAAAAAUGUGUGAGAUUUAGUCGUUUUGAAACGGAAUCGUGCAUUUGCGACUAUUAUGAUAAGGUCAGGAGUAGAUAAUAGAAGAUAGAUCUUCUAUUAUCUACUCCUGAAAAGGUGAUGGUCAUUUUGCAGUGUUACCUAUCUGGUCGUGUUAAUACGGUGUAAGCAAAGUAAAAAUAAAGACUGUGAACUAGUCA